GAACAUACAACAUGGCAGCCUGUGUGAAGACCAAUAAAUCCCAUGUCAUCUUCAAGAAGGUCUCCCGGGACAAGUCGGUGACCAUCUACCUGGGGAAGAGAGACUAUAUAGAUCACGUCAGCCAAGUAGAGCCUGUAGAUGGUGUUGUAUUGGUGGAUCCUGAGCUCGUGAAGGGGAAGAAAGUGUAUGUCACCCUGACCUGCGCCUUCCGCUAUGGCCAGGAGGACAUUGAUGUGAUUGGCCUGACCUUCCGCAGGGACCUGUAUUUCUCUCGGGUCCAGGUAUACCCUCCUGUUGGGGCCAUGAGUGCCCCAACCCAGCUCCAGUUGAGCCUGCUCAAGAAACUGGGAGACAACACGUACCCAUUUCUGCUCACGUUCCCUGACUACCUACCCUGCUCAGUGAUGUUGCAGCCAGCUCCACAAGAUGUAGGGAAGAGCUGUGGGGUUGACUUUGAGGUUAAAGCAUUUGCCACAGACAUCACAGAUGCUGAAGAGGACAAGAUCCCCAAGAAGAGCUCUGUGCGGCUACUGAUCCGGAAGGUGCAGCAUGCCCCACCUGAGAUGGGUCCCCAGCCCUGUGCUGAAGCCUCCUGGCAGUUCUUCAUGUCCGACAAGCCCCUGAACCUCUCAGUCUCCCUCAGCAAAGAGAUAUAUUUCCAUGGGGAGCCCAUCCCUGUGACCGUGACUGUGACCAAUAACACGGAGAAGGUUGUGAAGAAGAUUAAAGUGUCAGUGGAACAAAUAGCCAAUGUGGUUCUCUACUCGAGUGAUUAUUACGUCAAGCCUGUGGCCUCGGAGGAAACACAGGAAAAAGUACAGCCAAACAGCACUUUGACCAAGACACUGGUGCUGGUGCCCCUCCUGGCUAACAACAGAGAAAGAAGAGGCAUCGCUCUGGAUGGGAAGAUCAAGCAUGAGGACACAAACCUGGCCUCCAGCACCAUCAUCAAGGAGGGCAUCGACCGGACCGUCAUGGGCAUCCUGGUGUCAUACCAUAUCAAGGUGAAGCUCACGGUGUCAGGCUUUCUAGGAGAGCUCACAUCCAGUGAAGUGGCUACUGAGGUGCCGUUCCGUCUGAUGCACCCGCAGCCUGAGGACCCAGCAAAAGAAAGUGUCCAGGAUGAAAAUCUGGUUUUUGAAGAGUUUGCUCGACAAAAUCUGAAAGAUACUGGAGAGAAUACAGAAGGGAAGAAAGAUGAGGAUGCAGGCCAGGAUGAGUGAAGACUUAGCCUUGAUGCCUAGAAACUGCUUGUAGUCCUGGUUGCCUUGUGGGAAACCCCUGGUAACCUUUCAGAGUUAUGCUAAAUACGAAAGCUCGAGCAUUCUUCCCAGAAAUAAAGUCUGUGGGUCCUCCCA